CCCAAGCAGAGGCCUAGCAGGCAGCCACUCGACCCUUGGCCUCCUCCCCCAGUGGCGGCUGGGGAAGGUUCCUGAGGGUCCUGGGCAGGGGCCAGCAGCCAGGCUGGGGCAGGCGGAGAUCCAAGACCUCACCUCUGGCCCCUGUGAUCUUCUUAAGUCGCAGCUCCCUCUUUGACUCCAGUGCCAGCAGAAGCGGCCCGGAAUCUGCACACCCCGGCCCGGGACUGGGCGACUCCGCCGCGGCGCCUCGCAGGGGCGCGCGGUCCCUCCCACCGGUCUCCGAGGAAGCCAGGACCUCGCGCCCCACCUGUCCGCUUCUCCAGGAGGCCCUGGCGCCGCUGCUGCCUGGCCCUCGGCUCGAAGCCCUGUGUCCGCCGCCGCUUUGAUCCCGGGGGGCCCCGCUGGAUAAAAGUCCCUGGCGGCUCCGCGCCAGCGCCAGAGGGGGAGCGCAGCCGAGCCGGGCGCACCAGCGGGACGGCGCAGGGCCAGGGCGCUGAGAGGCUGGGGCCGCUGGGCCGCCCGCGCUGGCCGCGGUGGCCGCGGACCCGAGCGGCGCGGCCAUGGGCCGAGGGGUGCGCGUGCUGCUGCUGCUGGGCCUGCUGCACUGCGCCGGGGGCGGCGAGGCCAAGAAGACCUGGCGGCGCCAGGGUCAGCAGCCGCCCCCGCCGCCGCCCCUGCCGCCGCCUCCCCCGCGGACCGAGGCGGCGCCGGCGGCUGGACAGCCAGUGGAGAGUUUCCCGCUGGACUUCACGGCCGUGGAGGGCAACAUGGACAGCUUCAUGGCACAGGUCAAGAGCCUGGCUCAGUCCCUGUACCCCUGCUCCGCGCCGCAGCUCAACGAGGACCUGCGCCUGCACCUCCUGCUCAACACCUCGGUGACCUGCAACGACGGGAGCCCCGCCGGCUACUACCUGAAGGAGUCCAAGGGCAGCCGGCGGUGGCUGCUCUUCCUGGAAGGCGGCUGGUAUUGCUUCAACCGCGAGAGCUGCGACUCCAGAUACGACACCAUGCGGCGCCUCAUGAGCUCCCGGGACUGGCCGCGCACUCGCAGAGGCACAGGGAUCCUGUCCUCACAGCCGGAGGAGAACCCCCACUGGUGGAACGCAAACAUGGUCUUCAUCCCCUACUGCUCCAGUGAUGUUUGGAGCGGGGCUUCAUCUAAGUCCGAGAAGAACGAGUAUGCAUUCAUGGGCACCCUCAUCAUCCAGGAGGUGGUGCGAGAGCUCCUGGGCAGAGGGCUGAGCGGGGCCAAGGUGCUGCUGCUGGCCGGGAGCAGCGCGGGGGGCACCGGGGUGCUGCUGAAUGUGGACCGCGUGGCCGAGCAGCUGGAGGAGCUGGGCUACCCGGCCAUCCAGGUGCGAGGCCUGGCCGACUCCGGCUGGUUCCUGGACAGCGAGCAGUACCGCCACACGGACUGCAUCGACACCAUCACGUGCGCGCCCACGGAGGCCAUCCGCCGCGGCAUCAGGUACUGGAACGGGGUGGUCCCAGAGCGCUGCCGCCGCCAGUUCCAGGAGGGCGAGGAGUGGAACUGCUUCUUCGGCUACAAGAUCUACCCGACUCUGCGCUGCCCCGUGUUCGUGGUGCAGUGGCUGUUUGACGAGGCCCAGCUGACUGUGGGCAACGUGCACCUCUCAGGGCAGCCGGUGCAGGAGGGCCAGCGGCUGUACAUCGAGAAUCUGGGCCGCGAGGUGCGCCACACCCUCAAGGACGUGCCGGCCAGCUUUGCCCCUGCCUGCCUCUCCCAUGAGAUCAUCAUCCGGAGCCACUGGACAGAUGUCCAGGUGAAGGGGAUCUCACUGCCCCGGGCACUGCACUGCUGGGAUAGGAGCCUCCAUGACAGCCACAAAGCCAGCAAGACCCCCCUAAAGGGCUGCCCCGUCCACCUGGUGGACAGCUGCCCCUGGCCCCACUGCAACCCCUCGUGUCCCACUGUCCGGGACCAGUUCACGGGGCAAGAGAUGAACGUGGCCCAGUUCCUCAUGCACAUGGGCUUCGACGUGCAGACAGUGGCCCAGCAGCAGGGACUGGAGCCCAGCGAGCUGCUGGGGAUGCUGAGCAGCGGAAGCUAGGCAGACUGCCUGGAGGAGCCAGCACCAAGGGGCAAGACCACCCGCUGCCCAGUGCCACCUCAUCCCACCAGCAGGCCCUCCCUUCUCUUCAGGACAGAGCCCCAGCCGUCCCCCUGCCUGGGUCUGCCCACCGGCCUCCCGGCCCCGGCUUUGCCUGCCCAUCUCCCACGGCCUGUAAGAGGCCCAGCCAGAGAUGGAGAUGGGGAUGUGCUGUCAUCCCCAGCUGUGGCCGGAGGGCCCUUCCCGAUGAGGGAAGCCAGAAGAAAAGCGCUGGAUUCCUCAGCCCACCAGCUCAGACAGCCCCCACCCAGCCCUACCCAUCAAGCCCUUUUAUAUUAUUUUAUAAAAUGACUUUUUUAUUACUGUAAUUUUUUUUAAAAAAAGGAACAAUCAAGAAAUAUAUGAUGAAUGAUAUUGUUUUGUAACAUUUUUUUAAAUGAUGAAAAAAAAAGACAAGCACCUCA